AACACUGCUACUUCUUUCUCUCUCCCCCUCUCUCAGAACACUGCCACUCUCUCUGUCACCACCCCCACCACCUCGUCACUACCUCCCAGUUAGAGGAAGUUCACUCCACUUCACUAUUCUCUCUGUCAGACCCUGCAGCAGCACGUUGAACACUGAGCCAGUGUGUCGGAAAUUAAGGGAACCUUUUGUGUAUCGCUGAAAAGAGGAACCUUUCUGGGAGGGAAAAGACACCAGGCCGUGGCCCCGCCAUGCAUGUGAGACAUGACCAACAAGGCAGCCUGAGAUAGCUCGAGCAGCCCCCCCGAGCAGCAUGGAGCCUAUAGGCAGCUGUGCCCCCUUGGCCUCAGAGUCGGACAUCUACCGCAGUGUCCAUGCCGUACUCAGGGAGCUGGAGAGCCAACACCCCUCCUCUGUGCUCAAUAAAGGGAUGCUAAGAUGGACGCUGCACAAGAAGGUUCGGAACAAUCCUGCCAACAGUCUCAUUCUGGUGAGAGUCGUCGUCAAGGAGCUGGAAAGGGCUGAGAGGCUAGACUGUCGGACACACAUCAUCCCUUUGCUCCACACACUCAUCUAUGCUGUCAUCCAGUCAGCCUAUCUUCCUGACGACCUGUACAAGCGGGUGUAUGACUUCUGUAAGAGGCUGCUUACCCUCCCCCAGCCCUACUGUACUGUAGGCCUCAGCUACACCAGACGCAUGAAGACAGAACGCUACACACCAGGAGUGCUCUAUCAGAGGAUGGUUAUUGCAGAGCAGAGCCUGAAGAAUGACUACCAUCCCUUUCAGGAGAGGGUGUUUGUGUUCGCCGAUCCGGCGGUCUUCUCCGGCCCCCACUGUGAGGCGCUGAGGGGGGACAUCGAGGCCUCGGGGUCAGGGGGGUAUCUGAAUCCCCUUGACCACAUGCGGAGCGUGGUCCAACACUCCAUCCAGGCUGCUCUAGGAGGGGAGCUGUGCCACGGUCCUAAACUGGCACAGGCACUGAAGGAAAUUGGCCAGGACGUGGAGCCGUACUUCCAGGAAGUGGUGGUCAGUCUGGAGCAGAGUGUGGAGGAGGGCACCAAGGGGGAAGGGGUGGUGCUGAGGGGGAGACUGGGACAACUCUACAGAGAGAUCCUCACCCAUACUGACACAUCAGUUUGGGCUCUUCCUGGUUUAGACACAUUGUCCUCCGGUGGUGGGGAUGCCUGUGUGACAUGCCGCUUCCCAAGGCGUGAGCUGGCCAAGUGCGUGCGCUCCAGCUCCAUGUCGUCGGAACACUUCUGCCUCACCCAGGACCAGGAGACAGACUUUGACCUCGCCGACCUCCCCGCCGACCUCACUUCCUCCUCCGCCAUGCCCCGCCACUCCGUGAUGUCCACCGACAGCGGCAUCGAGAGGGACCUUCCCCCUGGGGUUGAGCCUUCAGUGGUGGAACCCUCUGGUGGUUCGGAGGAGGGGGAGGCCAGGUUAACCCGACGAGGAGGCAUCAAGAUGAGGCCGUCAGUCACGGACAAUAUGGCCCUGAUGCAGGACGCUCUGGAGGAGAGCGGGAGUGUGGCCGGGGGAAGGGGAGGCGGGGGAGGGGGGACACUUCAUAGGAAGGCGGGGUGCAGCGGGACCCCGUCAUUCUCCAAGCAGCAGAGGCACUUCACAGCCCGGAUCGUGGUGAUGGGGGACGACAGGGUGCUGGGGAAGCUGGCUAAGGCCUUCUACUUUCUCAGGAAAAGGGAAGCGCGUCGUCUAUUUCUGACCAUGAAAGUCAACUUCCAGUUUUACUACAUCCCUGUCUGUGAGGAUCCCAGUCCCACCUGUCCUGUCAAAGAAGGCCUCUCCCCAUCCCGGGAAAACCCCUGUGCCCUGGGUUCCUACCUGGGAAUGGUGGAUCCAUGGUACGACUGCAACAUCAACAGUCUGGGUUCCAUGAUCCCCAAGCUGGCCAAAAUGCAGUCCAACAGCAGCAAGCAGGCAGAGCCUAGCCCCUUCCUGUCUGAUGUCAUUUCCUACUACGUGCGGACCGGACUGCAGCCUGUUUACUUCACCAUCUAUUCUGUCAAGAUCUGCUUCUCCAACCUGACCAAGGACCCAGUGGAGGAUGUGUUUCUCUCCCACUUAGAGCUGGACUUCCCCGAGUUCAAACAGUCCCCAACUACUUUGAAAGCCACAACCCUCAAGCAGAAGAAGAACACAGGAGACGUAUGUGGUGCUGUCGUCUCUGUCAACUACAAAAAGGUGUCGUUGAGUGGUAGAGACGUAGAUAAGGGUAUGUCAGUGAGGACCUCAGGUGUUCAGAUUAGUGCCAUUCCCUCCAAUGAAACUGAAGAUCUGAACUGUCUUACAGUAGCUUUCAACGAAACCAAACCCAAAAACACCAUGGAGGCCAAGAUCCGAACCUGUAACAUCAAGAUCAGAACCCUGGAGAUGAAAACCUUCACUGUGACCCUGGACAAAGACUCUAGGAGGACCUUCAAAGACGUACAGAGCAUAGAGAUCGCUCCCUGUCUUGAUCCUGGAUACUGUGUCCAGAAGACCAUGCGGUCCAAGUUCAGUUUGGGGGAAGAGGAGAGGGACGCUGGCCUCAGCAAGUACAUGAACAAAGGACUUCCUCUACCAAUCAAUACCUUCGCUGGUAUCAUCAACUGACUGAUCCCACAACCAUCUGGAUGGACUCCACUGUACAGAGACUGAAACGUUGAGACCAUCUACAUUGUAUGAGGAUCAGGGACGCGCUUAGUACUCACAACAGCGCCUCAGUGUACCUUGAAGGGAUGUGGAAAGAGAAUCUGGGUGGCAGCUAAGGGUAACUGGUGUAACCUUGACAAGAAAACCAGCUGAGUUUGACAAGUGUUAGAUUUGUCAACAAAGAAAUUAAUUUGCCAUGGGUAUUGGAUCUCGUUCCAGUUUCUGCUUGUGACAGUUUUAUCAUAUACUGCUCCCAUAGGCAUAUCUCUGACUGGCAGCAUAGUCAAAGAACAAUAUUGUCUCUAAAAUUGACAAUUUUAUGAGAGUGUAUGAGGCAUGAGAGUGAAGCUGAGUUGGUAUUAGCUCCAAGAUAAGCUUUAGCUCAGAGGACUAACAUAAACUUGACAACCUGGGUUCAAAAUCUGGUCCGUCAGAAGAGUAGCCCACCCUCCCAAUCAUCUAAUCUAAGGGAAGACUCAUCCAUCCCUUGACGUCUGGGUUGGGGCAAAUUCCAUUUCAAUUCAGCAAAGUUAUGGAGUAAACUGAAAUUACCAUAGGGAUUGACUGAAUUUAAAUGGAAUUAACCCCAACCCUGCUUGCCAUGUAAACACACUACCUGCUGCUCUUUGAGUUCUGACACUGAAUAACCCUGGUAGGGUCAUUUUCAUUACUAAGCAUGGCAGAAGAACAACUUAAAGAUAGUUUGAUGUCUUGGUGAGCUAACAACAGAAGCUCUUGAAGCAGUCACUUGUUGGAUUAACCAGUUCUUUAAAAAACAGGUUCCAUUUAAAGGGGCAUAUAGCCUAUUACAGGCCACGUCUGCUCUCUGAGCUCACCUAAGUUCUUGUAAGUUAGCAAUAAAGGUUUGAAUGCACUGUGCACAAGCCUUCAGUAAAAACAUGACACAAAAGAACAGGCACCUAUUUUAAGAUCCCUAAAGAACAUGUUGCAUGACAGGAAACCGACUGGGGGGGUUUCAAUUUCUGGUAGCUUUCUGCAUAUGACUUUGUUCUGUAUGCUAGACUAACAAGUGGUGCAAUAUCUAGUGUGGUUGACUAUUACCAUGCUAGGAGGUCUAUGCUAAAAUGAAAGUUCAACUCUGAGCCCUUUGCUUGUUUCAAAUGAAUUUAUCACGCCUAACUUGAAGGUGAUGGAACACAGUCACCGCUGUCGGACAUUGGCUGGUUUACAAUAAAUCAUGAGGUGAUGGGGACUAGUUAUCAUAUAUGCACCCAUAAAAAGUAUGUAGAUGACAGAAAGACAGGCAUACAGACAGAGAGAGAGAGAGAGAGACAGAGAAAGACUGACUGACUGAAUGACUGAGUGGCCACAUCUAUAAAAGCCACUGUCAUAAUACCAUUGAAAAAAACAAGGGUCUAAAGAGUAUUCUGAUCGCCAGCUAGUAUUUUUGUAAUGCAUCAUCAAUCAUCAAUAGACCUUUUUGCACACUUGUCUAUUUUUUAAAUGUUAUGUAUGUAAGACUAAUCAUUGGAGUAUGGUGUCAUUGCAAUUACUUGUUUAAUAGUAGUGUAAAUACAUGUAUUUUUAUAUAAUUACUGUAUAUUUGAUAUAAAAAGAGAGAAUUUGAA